CAACGUGAACCUUUAUGUGCAGCCGCCUGGGGAGGCUGCUGCUUACAAUGCUUAGAAACAGAAACUCGACGCUCACGCAGACGAUUUAAAGCAUAAACCCACUGUAAAUGGGCUUAUCAUUACACCAGACAUUUCUUUCACGAAUUCCGUUCACAUCUCCAGUCUGUUUUUUGAUGGAUAAUAUCGUCCACGUCUCACCGAGAAACCUUACGACGCCCCGUCAGCAGCGGUAGCCGUAGCUUGAUCGCUGACGCUGGAGAACAGCGUGAUCUGACUCUGCAAUGGCAGUCUUUAGUCACCAGGUGCUCCUGGCAGUCACCAGAUCAAGAGGAUCGUAUUUGUUGUCCAAGAGGCACAGCUGCUGCUCUCUGUCCUCCAGAUCGUAUCUGCGCGUAGACGCUCCCCGCCACGCCUCGUCUUCGUUUCCUCCCAGACACUCCCGCUAUGGCCACCAUCACUGCGCCCGCGCCCACUCCCUCAGCCGUGGCGACGGCUCGGUCCUGCUCGCCCGGGCUCUGCACAGCUCCGCCGUUUGGCUUCAAGAUGUGAAGCAGGACGACACCAAAACGUCUCCAGCAGCUCCUCAGGACGGGGAGAAAAAAGACUCCGCUGCUGCUGCUGCCGCCAUGGUAACGGACUCUCAGCCACCGUCAGCUCCAACGCCCGCUGCAGCAGCAGCGGCCGUUCCUCCAGCCCAGGAGAGGGCGAUGGUGAAAAAGUCUCUGUAUCAGAGGAUUGUUGACGAGUUGAAGCAUUACUACAAUGGCUUCAGGUUACUGGGAAUCGACACGAAGAUCGCUGGGCGGACGGUGUGGAGUCUGCUGCACGGACAGGUGCUGACGCGCAGGGAGAGGCGGAGGCUGAUGAGGACCUGCGCCGACCUCUUCCGCCUCGUUCCCUUCAUGGUGUUCAUCAUCGUUCCCUUUAUGGAGUUCCUGCUUCCCGUCUUCCUCAAGCUGUUUCCAGAAAUGCUGCCAUCGACGUUUGAGACGGAGUCUAAAAAGGAGGAGAAGCAGAAGAAGGGUUUGGCUGCGAAGCUGGAGCUGGCCAAGUUCCUCCAGGAAACCAUCGCUGAAAUGGCCCGAAGGAACAAAGCCAAAGCCCAGAUUGAGGAGGAGACCCAGAGAUUCUCCAAAUACGUUCAGCAGGUUCGGGGAACGGGCGAGCAGCCGUCCACGAAGGAGAUCGUCCGCUUCUCAAAGCUGUUUGAAGACGAGCUGACCCUGGAGCACCUGGAGCGCCCCCAGCUGGUGGCUCUGUGCAAACUGCUGGAGCUGCAGCCCAUCGGCACCAACAACCUGCUGCGCUUCCAGCUGAUGAUGAAACUGAGAGCCAUCAAGUCGGACGACGAGAUGAUCUCGGCGGAGGGCGUGGCGGCCAUGAGCGUGUCGGAGCUGCAGGCGGCGUGUCGCAGUCGUGGGAUGCGUUCUCUGGGUCUGACCAGCGAUCAGCUCCGCCAGCAGCUGCAGCAGUGGCUCGACCUCCACCUGAACGAGAACGUUCCUCCGUCGCUGCUGCUGCUCUCCAGAGCCAUGUACCUGACCGACCUCAAGCCAAAGCCGCCCGUCAUCCCGCCGGUUCCCAAGCUAGAGAAGGCUUCUCCUUCUCCUGCAGAAAACCCAGCAGCAAACCCGACCGCCACCGGGUCGGAGCGACUGGCAGACCCGGCCGUCAUCAUCAAAGACAGACCGGUGGAGGAGCUGCGGGACAAAGCCCCCGUGGUUCUGGACAAACCGUUAACUCCUGCUGAGGUUCUUCAGGCUAAAGCGGCGACCGAAGUGUCCCAGAAGAGCAAGAUGAGCGCCAACGGCGUGUGAAGAGGAGCGGCUGUGAUGAAGCUGGAGGACCUGGCGUUCAUUCUGGACCCUGAUCCGGGACAGUCUAGACCCUGAUCCGGGACAGUCUGGACCCUGCUUGUUGCUUCACUGCCAUGUUUGCCAUGCUGACCCCUGCUAACUCUGUCAUUGGCCUCAUAUCUGGGCGAGGCGUUCAGAUCCGUUCAGACUCGUCUCCGUCGUUUUUUAGCUCUGAAAUCCCGUUUGCGUUCCCCUUCCUCCUCUGUGUGUAAAUUUGUAAAUAUUAUAUAUAUUUUCCUCUUGCGCCACAGAAGCAGCAGCUCUGUACAGUUUGCUAUGCAAAGGCCAGAGCACUUUGUCUCCUAUCAGGUCGGUUUUAUUUUGCUGAUUUUAAAAAAUCCCCAGAGAAACUUUGCUGAACCCACUUCAGUUUUCUGUUCUUAUCGUCCAAAAUGAAGAUUAUAUUCAGCAGAAAUGUAUUAAAUUGCACCCAGAAUGUCAGGAAUCAAAUGUUUCUGUAUUGGGGGGGAAAUGUAGUUUCUAUGUCAAUCAGCAAAUGAAGACUUGGAGUUUCACUCCGGAAUAUUUGACUGUUUGGUUUCAAUCUUCACUAGUAAACCACUGAAAGGACAAUCUGUACAAACACGUACAGAUAAAUAUAUAAAUAUAUUUUUUGCAUAUUUGUUGUAUGUUUUGUGUUUUGAACACUAGAAUGACGACCUGUCCUAAACAUAUAAAGAGAAAAUUCUUGAUGUUCAUAUAUUUGUGCUGGAGGGAAUAGUUUUAUUAUGGCAGCAACAAGUAAAUUGUGUACAGAUGGAUUUUCCCUCCUUCAGUCAUUUUUUUAAAUUUUCGUUUUGACCCCAUCAUUGUUCUGCACAAAUCCUGAAAUUAAUGCAUAAUAAUCAUAAUUUCUGUUCUGUUUAUCCUAGAAAUUCAAACAGUUUUGUGCCGAAGGCUUAAAGUCAUUUGGCCGCAGGUCGACUGUAGGGCUUAUAAAUACAAUCUGAUGUUUUUUUCUUUAUACCACUUCUAAUUGUAAUCUUGUUUUGUUUUUGUUUUUUCUUUUUAUGUAGAAGAAAUUGCAGAAAAUAUUUUCAAAAAGUGUCUUUUACUUCAAUCACCCAUUCUGAGUUGCACACAGACGCUUUAAGCUCCGGCUACAAGAAUAUUUAAUUAUGAGAAUAAAGUCAGAAUAAUAGCAAAAUAAAGAUGCAUUUUUACCAGAAAAACUCUUAAAAAUGUUUAAGAUCACCUCGAUCAUUAUCAUUAGUUGUUUGCACUGAUGAUAAUCUGAUGCUGAUGUGUUUAAAAGAUUGUAAAACUUAAAGUAAAACUUCACAAAAAGCUCAA